CUCCACUGUGAGCUCAGAGGAGAGGAGAGCGGGAUUCCUCACUAAUCACCGUCCAACGCUCGGACCUGAUCGCGCUCUGAUGGACGUGUGAAAAAACUUUGACAGCAAGUUUACACAGCGAAUUCUUUUGCACACUCUGUGCAGGAUUUUUCAGUUUUGAAAACUUUUCUUGUUCUAUUUACUUUUUUUCUCGCAUGAAUCUCCUCGAGUCGUACAUGAAGAUGACCGACGAGCAGGACAAAUGUCUCUCCGACGCGCCGAGUCCGAGCAUGUCGGAGGACUCGGCAGCCUCCCCGUGUCCGUCUGGUUCGGGCUCCGACACCGAGAACACGCGGCCGCCGUCCGAGAAUCGGUUCAAGAAAGACGAAGAGGAUGAAAACAAGUUCCCCGUCUGCAUCCGCGACGCCGUGUCACAGGUGCUCAAAGGCUACGACUGGACGCUCGUGCCCAUGCCGGUGCGCGUGAACGGCUCGGGGAAGAGCAAGCCGCACGUGAAGAGGCCCAUGAACGCGUUUAUGGUGUGGGCGCAGGCGGCGCGCAGGAAACUGGCCGAUCAAUACCCUCACCUUCAUAACGCCGAACUCAGCAAAACUCUGGGCAAACUCUGGCGGCUGCUGAAUGAAGGGGAGAAGCGGCCAUUUGUCGAAGAGGCUGAGAGAUUGCGAGUACAGCAUAAGAAAGAUCAUCCGGACUACAAAUAUCAGCCACGCCGGCGGAAGAGUGUAAAGGGCGGCCAGGGUGAAACCGAGGAUACCGAGCACACCCACAUUUCCCCCAAUGCCAUCUUUAAAGCCCUACAGAGAGCCGACUCUCCCGCUUCCAGUAUGGGUGAGGUACACUCUCCCGGAGACCACUCAGGUCAGUCCCAGGGCCCUCCAACUCCCCCCACAACUCCCAAAACAGAUGUUCCAAGUGUGAAACCGGACCUGAAGCGAGAGGGCCGUCCACUUCCCGAGGGCACAGGCCGCCAACUUAACAUCGACUUCCGUGAUGUGGACAUUGGUGAGCUGAGCAGUGACGUCAUCUCCAACAUGGAGGCAUUUGAUGUGAAUGAGUUUGACCAGUACUUGCCGACGCACGGGGCUCAGGUCUACUCCUCCUCUGGGUAUGGCAUGGGCCAGACAGCAGGCACCAGCGGGCAUGGCUGGAUGGGCAAACAACAGCCACAGCAACACUCUCUGACCACACUUGGCACAGCUGGCGAGCAGGGGCAGACCCAACAGCGGCCAGCACACAUCAAGACAGAGCAGCUCAGCCCAAGCCACUACAGUGAGCAGAGCCAGGGCUCACCCCAGCAUGUGGCAUAUGGUUCCUUCAAUCUACAGCAUUACACUGCCACCUCCUCCACGUACCCAUCCAUUGCUCGUACUCAGUAUGAUUACAGUGACCACCAGGGCAGUGCUGCCUCCUACUACAACCAAGGUUCAGGGCUCUACUCCACAUUUAGCUACAUGAGUUCUACCCAGAGGCCCAUGUACACUCCUGUCACUGAUACCAGUGGUGUUCCGAAUGUGCCUCAGACCCACAGUCCCCAGUGGGAGCAGCAGCCAGUCUAUACCCAGCUCUCCCGGCCUUAAGUGACUAAAAUGAGAAUAAGUCAGUGAGAGGGGAAACAGCAUAGAUUGAACUAUCAGCACCACCCAAACCAUAAGACUUUGCUCAUAUACAGAGGCCUCAAAGGACCUGCUGUCCACUCCCUCCACCAGCAAACACAGAAAACAAACAAAACAAGCAGGACUUCUGUUUUUUUAAAUAAUGAAAAUAUCAAAACGGCUCCCGACAGUGCCUUUGUAAAAGCUCUGAGUUGCGACUAUAUUUUUCUAGUUAUGAUGAAAAGAAACUCGCCUGAAAAGAGAGGAAUCCUCUGUGAGGACAUAUACAUUAUAAAUAUUUGUUAGUAUGUACUGUGUAUGUAUUAUCUCUUUUCAUUGUUUUCAUGUUGUUCUUUGGGUUCGUAGAUUUACAGAGUAUGCGAGAGGUCUUUACUUCUGACCAAUGUAUUUUUGUUAAGUCAACACUUCUCUCAUCGUUUCUCUGUACAAAUUUUACUGUGCUUCAUGUGGUCAUUUAGAAUUGGGCAAAACUGACAAAAUUUUGAAAAAUCUUUGUAUCCGCUCUCUAUUUUUAACAAAUUUUAAGUCAUUGCAUUGGAAAUGCCAUACCAAGUGCCAUUCAGUUGCACAUGAGACUUUUGUUUUAGCCGAGAUAUGAGUCUGUCUGUGUACCAUCAGUGCCUGGUUAAGCAGUGUAGAGAUCCACAGUGCCUCAAUAGUCAUCGCUCGUCUAGCUCUUCAUGUCUGAGGAGGACCAGGAAGUGCCCUUUGACCUGAGACUUCCCUAGAGGUCUCUAUUGAUCAUUUGCUCAAACAUCUGCCGCCCCAUCAAGGCUUGACCUCUUUUAAUUUAUUAAUUAGUAAUAAUUUUAUUUUAAAAGGAAUAAUUAUUUGCAUUUGAUAUAUUUUUUUCUUUAUUUCUGUCUGACUAAUUUGAGACAACCCCCCCCCCCCCCCCCCCAACGUGGGAUCACAGUUUAGUUGCAGUGCAAAUCUUUCCCAUCUUGUUAUUAUUUAUCAUUUGUAAAUGUUUCCAUUUAAAUGUUCUUAAUUAGUUUUGUACAGAUAUCUUAUAAUUGUGAUAAAACUUGAUCAAAACAGAAAAAAACUGGAAGUUCUUUUUUUUUAAAUCAGUUUAUUCUAUUGAAAAUGGUUUACUGGAGGCUUUAGCCACAUUGUAGACGUUCUAUUUUUUAAAUGAAUCACCAGCAUUCUUUUUGUCAAGGUUUUAUUCCUAUUUCAUUUUUUGCAUAUUUUAGAUCUCCUGACAUUCUUUAAUGCAAUGUUCUUUUUUUUUUUUUUUUGAAAACGCC